UGACAGAUACGUUUGAAAUCAACACAACACGAGGUGAAGCAGAAGCGCAAACAGUAUAAUUUUGUGAAAGACGGCCAAUGAAGCUACAAGCUGAGGCUUUAAUAAAACUACAGUUUGAAUUAAGUAAUUUGGUACCGUUUCCCACUAAAUAACGACUAAAAGCAUAAAAUGGCGGACGAAGUUAACCCGAAGGCAUAUCCGCUGGCGGACCAAGCACUAACGUCGAAGAUCAUGACAUUGAUUCAGCAAGCCGUCAACUAUAAGCAAUUGCGUCGGGGAGCUAACGAAGCAACCAAGACUUUGAAUCGUGGACUGGCCGAAUUCAUCGUGAUGGCGGCCGAUGCGGAACCUUUGGAAAUCAUUCUUCAUUUGCCGUUACUAUGCGAGGACAAGAAUGUUCCAUAUGUAUUUGUUCGCUCUAAGCAAGCUCUUGGACGUGCCUGUGGAGUCUCACGCCCGAUUGUGUCUUGUUCGGUUACGAUUAACGAGGGUUCUCAACUAAAGUCACAAAUUGUUACAAUUCAACAGGAGAUCGAGCGAUUAUUAGUUUGAACAUAAACUACUAAGAAUUUAAAUAAGUAGCUUUAAGAAGAAAUAAAAAGUUACAAUUAAUGAAA